AUGCCCAUGGCAGAGAUGAAGCCAUGCCCGCGCGAGUACGGAAGCUUUACGGCGCGCCGCUUGCAGGCUUGUCCUCCGUCUGAUUGCGGAUGUGUUUGGCGCGACUGGUCAGACUGGAGCGCCUGCACGUGCGAGUGUGGCGGAGGUCAAAAGACGCGAACCAGACACAUCGACCGAGCUCCCGAGCCUGGAUGCACACCGUGCGAGCCGUUUGACAAGCAGCAGAUCGAGCCGUGCAACACGCAGAAGUGUGCAGAGGAUGAGUGCGUGGAUGCCAUGUGGUCUCCAUGGCAGGAAUGGGAGCCAUGCUCUGUGUCCUGCCGAGGUGGGAUAACUUGGCGCUCGCGCAAGAUCAUUCGACAGGCAAGUGA